AUGAGCUCACCAAUAAAUGCGGACUCUAUCAUGAAGCAUAUCAUGGAUGGAAUCACUCCUACAGUUGAAGAGAUCAAUUGGAUUAAUAUUAAAGCGAAAGCGAUGUUCGAAAAGCUUCCUAACGUCGUUUCAGUUCAACCUCCAAUCACAAUCUGUGGCGAUAUCCAUGGCCAAUUCAAGGAUUUGAUGGAGCUCUUCAAGAUUGGUGGAGAUGUACCUAUGACAAACUACUUGUUCCUCGGUGAUUAUGUAGAUAGAGGUUCCCAAUCAAUUGAAACAGUUUCUUAUCUUUUCUGCCUUAAGUUGAAGUAUCCGAACAACAUUACCCUUCUCCGUGGUAACCAUGAAAGUGCAGGAAUUUCUCAAAUCUUUGGUUUCCGCGAUGAAGUUGUUGCAAGAUAUAGAAAUGAUGAUGUUUGGCAGACAUAUACAAAUACAUUCAACUUCCUUCCUCUCGCUGCUAUUGUUGGAGAGAAAAUAUUAUGCGUCCAUGCUGGUCUUUCACCAAGAAUCAAAACAAUCGAUGAUAUUCAGAAACUCGAUCGUUUCAGGGAAAUCCCACAUGAAGGCCCAAUGUGCGACUUAAUGUGGAGUGAUCCCACCCCAACGCCAGGCUUCCAACCAUCUGCAAGAGAAGCUGGAUACCAAUUCGGCCCAGAUAUUACAGCUGGAUGGAACAAGGAAAAUGGACUUGAACUUACAGCUCGUGGCCAUCAGUUAGUUAUGUCUGGCCUUGAAUACGGUCACAAUAACCAAAUUGUUACUAUUUUCUCUGCUCCAGAUUACUGCAGAAGAUGCGGAAACUCUGCUGGUAUUCUAGAAUUAGAUGAAAAUAUGAAACGUAAAGAAAUCCGCUUCGAAACACCAAAAGAGGUUGAUGAAGAAGCUGACCAAAUUCCAAAGUACUUCAGUUUCGAUCUCCCAGAAGAUGAGUAA